AUGAAGUUAUUUUUUGUUGUAGUUUUUGCCUUCAUCGUCCCGCUCAUCAGGGCUCAGGUUCCCCAUUGGGGUCCAUGUCCAGAGCCAGAGGUUCAACCGGCCUUCAACCUUAAACAGUUCAUGGGAAGAUGGUUUGAAAUUACCAAACUGCCGGCCCAGUUUGAGAAGGGCCGGUGCAUUGAAACCAAUUUCACUUUGAAGACAGACAACUCCAUUCGAGUGGUCAGCUCUGAAAUACUAAAAUCAGAGCUGAGGAAAAUCGAAGGGACUGGAGUCAUAGAGGAUAUGAAGAAUCCGGCUAAACUGGGAAUAACUUAUUCUUACGUCCUGCCCUACUCCCCUUACUGGAUCCUGUCCACUGACUACGAGAACUCGGCCCUGGUGUAUUCCUGCACUGACAUCCUGAGGAUUUUCCACGUCGACUUCGCCUGGAUCCUGGGCCGGACACGAACCCUGCCGGAAGCCACCGUCCAGAAAGCCAUGGAUAUCUUCGCGAAGAACAACAUCGACGUGAGCAGGAUGAUUCCCAGCAGGCAGAAGGACUGUGACAAAACUCUCUGA